CAGACCGACAGGUGGCGCUAAAGCGACUGUCUUAAACACUGGCGUCGAAGUGGCGGUUGUGGGAUUCAACAACAUGACCGGCUAGCUUGCUGUGUUAGCCAGCUACACGUCUUUUUGAUCAUUAAAUAGGUCUCUUUAGAAAUGGCCACAGAACCUGAGAGAGAAGAACAGGUGAGGAGUGAAGCCUCCUGGACAUCAGUGAGUCCUAGUGGACUUUGGGAGGUACACAGAAGGUGGGAAGUGGAGAGAAAGCAAGGAGAUGACACUCCUCUAUUAGGAUCCAUCUGCAACAUCAGGGUGCGUCUCAAAAGCCACACAGAAGAUAAUACCCAGCCUCUUAGCUCAGAUGAACCAGUGCUGGGAGUUAGUGACGGUGCUGUGCAGGUCACAGAGCAUCCUCGCUCACAGGAUUCAGUGCUCCAGGUUCCACUGGACAGGUGGAUUGUGCUGCGGAUGGGAGAGGGGCAGUGUGACAUCGUAGAGAGCUGUUUGGAAGGAAUGAGGGCUGGAGAGGUCUGUGAGUUCACAGUAAGGCCCCAUGAACAGGAUUUGAAAAUGGCACCUAGUCCGAUUCAUGCUGCCCGGUUAGAGAAGACAGGAAAGGAAGGAGAGACAAAUAGUGAGUGUUUUUCUCUGCAGCUCCACUCAUUCACUCCAGGGAAGGAGUCCUGGCAGAUGCUCCCUACAGAGAAGUGGACCUGGGUGCUGUCCUACAAGCAGCGGGGCAGUCAGCGUUUCAGCAGCGGAGACAUUUGGGGAGCAAUGCAUUCUUACUGCUGUGCUGUUAAGCUGCUCAUCACUCUAAAGGCACAUACCAAAGGGAAAGACGGCAUUCCUGAUGUUGAUGGAACCAGGGCCUGUCAUAAUGAAAGUGACUUAAAUAGACAGACAGAGACAAAAAGCACAGGCAUCCAAACUGAGGAGUACAGGACUAUGAAAGCAGAACUCCAUUCUAAUCUUUCACUAUGUCAGCUUAGGCUUGGCCAGCCAGCAAAAGCUAAGGACAGCAGCAGCAAAGCCACUGCACUGGAUCCAGCGAACUUUAAAGCCUGGUAUCGCCUUGGCCAGGCCUGUCUGCAGUUGGAAGAUUUUGCAGAAGCACGUCAAGCUUUUGGCAAAGUCCUAGAACUCCAGCCAGGUUCUGCCUCUGCCCAAAAUGCCUUAAAACAAGUAAAUGCAAAGGCAAAAGAGUUUGACAGUAAGCUUGGGCAAAGGCUAAGCAAAAUGUUUACCUAAUGAUCUGCAGAAAUGUGGACAUGAAUAUAAUUAUUCAAGACAAGUGUGAACAUAUGAACAGCCCACGCACGGUGUGUCCUAAAAUCAGUAUAUCCAAAAAUAUACAGCACUAGAAGCUCGUGCAGUGAUGCAGUGAAUUAUAUCGCAAAAUAUAUUGCUCUAUGCAUGGUGGUUGUAUUUUAUUUGUAUGCUGAACAAAUAGCAAUAAAACUAUUUAUAUACGUG